CUGGUGGGGGUGGGGUCAGCGGGCCCGUGACGUCACUGGGCCAGGGACGCGGACGGGGGCCUGGCGUCGAAGGCUGAGGGGAGGCCGUGGAGGGGAAGCCGUCGGGCGGGCGUUCCGUUCGCGGUGCACCGCUAUUCGCGAGGCGGGUGAAGCGCGGAGAGCGGCCGCCCGGUGCUGCAAAGCCGAGUGAAGAGCCAGUGAGAUUGCGUCUGCUGUAGACCUGUUGUGGUGGUAGGCAAAUGGCAGCAGGUCCAGGUCCUUGCUCAGAAUGACCUGUGUUCAUUGAAGAAGCCCUGUAUUCUUUUGCUUGACCCAGCUGCUCCAGUAUGAAAGUAAAGAUUUUGCAGUGACCGGCAGACACCAUGGUUGUGCCCCUGAUUGAUACUCCCACUCCUCCCAACAUGGUGGCAGAUGUAGUUUUCGUUAUUGAGGGAACCGCAAACCUUGGGCCAUACUUUGAAUCUCUACGGAAACAUUACAUUCUUCCUGCAAUUGAGUAUUUUAACGAUGGUCCCCCAGCAGAAACUGAUUUUGGUGGUGAUUAUGGAGGCACACAGUACAGCUUAGUUGUGUUCAACACUGUGGACUGUGCCCCGGAAUCGUAUGUGCAGUGUCAUGCUCCCACCAGCAGUGCUUAUGAAUUUGUCACCUGGCUUGACAGUAUUCAGUUCAUGGGUGGCGGAGGGGAGAGCUGCAGCCUUAUUGCGGAGGGACUCAGUACGGCACUGCAGCUGUUUGAUGAUUUCAAGAAAAUGCGAGAACAAAUAGGGCAGACCCGCAAAAUUUGUGUAUUGAUCUGUAACUCUCCUCCAUACCUACUGCCAGCUGUGGAGAGCACAACGUAUUCGGGCUUCACAACAGACAAUCUGGUGCAGAUGAUCGGUGAUAGAGGGAUCCAUUUCUCUGUGGUCUCCCCUCGUAAGUUACCUGCCUUGCGAGUGCUGUUUGAAAAAGCAGCCUUGGGUGGUGUUAUAGAGUCUCAGCUGAAGGACUACAGCCAGGACCCUCGCCAUAUGAUCAUGAUUCGGGGGAUAGUACUUCCAGGUGGAGGGACAGUAGCAGCUAACACUGUGCCACAGAAGCCAGUUCCACCGCAGCCACAGCCGCCAGUACAGCAGCAGCCAAGUCUGUUGUCGAGUCAGUCACAGGCACCCCAACUAUCGCAGUCACAGCCACCGUCUCAGCCCCAGGCAAUGCCUUCUGUCUCACAGCCAUACCAGGGCCCUUCAGCGUCAGGCUCCCUCGCUGGUGCUCAAGCUGCUGCUCAGAUUGCCUUGGAAACAGCAACCAAUCAGGCCAAGGCAGCUGUGGUCCCAUCAACCAAUCGAUUUCCUGCGGUCAACCAGAUACCUCCUGUUUCUGGUGUUGGAGCGAUGUUCAGCCAGGCUACUUCGCAAACGUUAACAUCCGCGCCUGUGGCCAGUAUGGCCAAAGUCAUCCCAUCUACAGCGUCCAUGAUGACUGCAGCAGCAGCACAGUCCAGCCUGGUAUCCACGGUCACUACAGGUGUUCCACAGGCUACACAACAGGCCAGCCAGCAGUCCUUGACUGUAGGUGUUGGAACAAGUGCUGGAAAUGUGUGUGGAGUGACUGUAGCCCCCACACCUGGUUCGGUGGCCAAUAAAAUCCUAGCGUGGAACGGGGUCUUGGAGUGGCAGGAGAAACCGAAACCUGCAUCGGUGGAUCUAAAUGCAAAACUCACACGCUCGCUUCCAUGCCAGGUGUAUGUCAACCCAGGAGAGAAUCUGAAGACAGACCAAUGGCCUCAGAAACUUAUCAUGCAGCUUAUCCCACAGCAGCUGUUGACAACUCUCGGCCAUUUGUUCCGGAAUUCUCGAAUGGUCCAGUUCCAGUUCACGAACAAGGAUUUGGAAUCGUUAAAGGGACUUUAUCGAAUCAUGGCGAAUGGCUUUGCGGGCUGUGUUCAUUUCCCACACAGUGCUCCAUGUGAGGUCAGAGUCUUGAUGCUAUUGUACUCCUCCAAGAAGAAAAUCUUCAUGGGUCUGAUUCCAAAUGACCAGAGCGGCUUUGUGAAUGGAAUCCGACUGGUCAUAACCAACCACAAGAAAGCCCAGCAACAGAAAAUUGAACAGCAGAGAAAUCAGCAACUUGGCGGGACACAGCCGAUGGGAACUGGGUCGAUACCCAAUCCAGCAUUCAUGCAGAAGCCGCCUGGGUCAAUGCCGGUGUCUCAAGGAGUGCAGCAACAGCAGAUGCCAGGUCAGCCAGUCACCACCUCAAUACCUCAGGUUCAUACAGUGACAACAAUGGAUGACCAGCAACGGCAACAGAAUCUGCAGCAGCAGAUGCAGCUCAGAGUGCAGCAGCAAGCCCAGGCAGCGACGCAGCAGCAGCAAUCUAGCGGCCCACCUCAGAAUCAACCUCCGGCCCCGCAGCAGACAGGUGCAUUACUUCGACCACCCAAUCCUGGCGCGAACCCUCAGCUUCGCAGCCUGCUCCUCAGUCAGCAGACAUCACAGAGUGGAGUUCCACAGCCUCAACAACCCAUGCAUCACAUCCAGCAACAAGCUUCUCAGAUGAUGCCUCAUCAGCCUAUGGGUCAGCAGAUGCCCCAUCACGCCCAAGGACAGCAGCUCCAGAUGCAAGGACAGCAGUUAAUGCACCAAGGUCCCGGGCAACCAUGGGGCAACCAGAUGGCACAGCGACCACCUUUACAAGGUCAAAUGAUGAUGAGCACAGGUCCCCGAGGUCCAGUCCCUCAAGCUGGACUGCAGCAAGGUACAAGUCUUUUGGAGGAAGAAAUUCUGAUGGACCUUAUCUGAAACCUUCCUGAGUUUGACCUGCCUUUUCAUUGGUUGGGGACAUGGGAUAGAGAAUCCCAGUUUUUAGUAGGGUCGUGAGAUGUUCCCGGUCCCAUGCAGGAAAAAGAAUUCUUAUUCGACUGGUUUCCUUGAACAAGCGGACAGUGGUUGGGAACUGGUUGUGUCUGUGUAUGUGGGUUUUUUAAAAUAACAGUUAGAUUUUUUUUCAGAAAAUUAAAGGAUCGAUUAUGUCAGUCAAGCCAGUUCUAAUGAACCUAUCUUUUAAAAGGACAACUGCAGUCUUGAGUGCUGUCUCUGCUGCAGUUUAUUCUAUUUGUAUUAUUUUUUGCUCUAUCUUUAUCAAACUGAUUACUGCAGUUUCUUUAAAUGUUUUUGUUUUGAGAAGUGACCUGCUGUAUUUACUUAAAUGCUCUGUGAACCAGCAGAUCUGAAAGUAUGUUAUAAUCAGCCUCAGCACCUUGAACCUCAACAAUAGCAGCAGCUGGUGAUCAUGCUUUCAGUCCCACGGUCUGCCUUGCUGACAACGUAAGUUCAUCGCAAGGCACAACAACAAUGAAUUCCUCCACUUGUAAGUAAUAAACAAGAACUAAGGAAAGAAAAAAAAUUAUGUCAGUGUCCUGCUUUCAAUUUAGAAAUUUUGAGAUGAAUCAUAAAAGGCUGAAGUAUUGUUCCGGACCUGGUUAGUUGGUGAGCAUUGUUGUAACUGAGAUUCUAGGCUGUCCAAAGUGAGAAAUACACUGGGACAGGGCAGCUGGUUUAAGGGCCAAGUCUGCGGGGAGAGACCUGAGCACAAUGGAUGAUGGGAGACACCAGAGACUGCAAAUGCUGGAAUCUGGACCAAUAAACAAUCUGCUGGAGGAACUCAACGGGUUAAGGAGCAUACGUGGCGGGCAAAGGAAUUGUGGACAUUUCGGGUCUCAACCCUGCAUCAGUCUGGAAAAUCUGCCAUUCCAGCACUAACAAAGUCCAGAUUAUCGGAGUUUUACUGUAAUCACAGAUCAUUGUGAUCACACUUCAAUAAAUCUCCUCCCACAAUAUUUAAUCUAACUCAAUUCCUUACUCGCUGGAACACGCCCUUAAAUGUAUUUUCAAUAUUUCAGCAUCUUGCUUCCUAUCACAAUGGCCAUUUCACUUAGUCAAAUCUGGGUCAAUUCUCUCCAAAACUUGCAGUGAAUCAGAGAUCAAGAUUUCAAAGUUUGUAUUUUGCGAUGCACUUUUAGAAGAACUGGUGAUUAUAUAACAUUUAAAUUGUGUUUAUAGAAAAGUUUGAAGAGGACCUGUAUUUCUGUUUAUUGAGCAAAUAGUUCACAAGGUAAACUAAUAAACAUUA